AUGCUUCCACAUUUCCAUGCUGCAGGGCAUCUACAUUAUGCCAAAGCUGCACAGAUCUAUUUGCAGCAAAUACAUGAACUUUCCAAUACAAUGGCAAAGAAGGAAUAUGAGAAACUUACAAUUGAUGGAUUCUUCACGGUGCGUCGCAGCAAUCGUUAUUGGUUAGGGACAUGGAGUAAUAUGAUAAUUGAGCAGUAUCUGAUGAAGGGAUUUAAAUCUUCUGGGGGACUUACACAUGGCAGGGGUAUUACCGUGAGCACUUUAGCCCAGUGGAUAAAAGCAAUGCCAGCAAGUACACAAGUUUGUGAUGCUGUGGAGAAAUUUACUGGUGUUUCAUCUGCAACAACUGAACAGCAUGUUGAAUUGAGAGAAUCACGACAGUUUAAUGAUGAGAAGCACUUACAAAUAUCGCAGAACUGGCUACGAUCUCACUCUCCAUUUCAAGAAACUUUUAGUGGGUUGGUAUCCUUGGGAACAGGAAUAAUUGUUGAUGAUUUAGUGAACUGUGACACAGCAAAAUCAAUUGGCUUAAAAGAAAUGCAUGAUAUGGAUAGCAAGAAGUUCUCAACUAUACACUUAAAAAGAAAGAACGCAGUACGGUCAUUAUCAGUCAUGAGGAAUGGACUGAAAGUUCGUGUGGAUGUUGUUGCAGUGAACUCUCAACAGCUUUUCAGCAGAAUAAUAUGUGUUUUGAAAAAUGAUGACCAACUUGCUAAUUAUAUGACUUAUGAAUUGGCUCCUAAACCUCCUUCACUCUUUGACAACAUCUCAAUGAGAAAAGGGCACAAAGCAGCCUUAGUGACUAAAUUGGAAUCAUAUGGCCAAUAG